AUGUAUAGCAUAUUUUAUCUGCUAAACAGUCUUGUACUUCUCACUUAUGUUAUUGGAAUUGAUAGAUCAAAAUGUACCCCGAAGGUUCUUGGUCCGAAGGUGACGAAGUGUAAUGAAACCCUCAGACAUCUUAUCGAAAUAACGAGCGACAAACCUGCUUACAAAAAAAUUGGAAAAGCCGUUCUCAAAGAUUGCAAGUCAUUUGAAGAAUGUAGUCCAUCACUGAAAUGUUUGAAUAAUUCCUCCUUGGAUAUUGCCACCGAAAAUCUCAUUGCUAACUGUGAAGCUGUUAAAUACUUCACUGUUGAGUUUUCGGAAUGUAAAGAGAAACUGAAAGCUCUGGACUCAAAAUGCCUCAAAGAGUGGAAUCCAUUCCCAGAUGAUUUCUUAAAAACCGGAGAAAUGAUGAACCAUACAAAGCCUUCGAAAGAAGAUUGCAAAGAUAUCAAUGGAAAAGAUGAUUGUGGGAAAAAGCAAAUUAUUGAAACUUGUGGAAAACUGGAGUGGGAACACUUCCAUAAGGUAUGA